UUAUUGGAGCCGUCUUCUUCCGCAUUUUUCGAAAACCCUAAAAAGAAUGAAUUUUUCAUUCAUAUAAUCUUGAAUUGUACAAGGUCUUAUUAUCAUAACAAAAUCACACCCGAUUCGUUUUGGAAAGAUACGUUCUUUUCAUGCUGAUCAACAAAAUCAAUUGAAGUCGCCAGAUGAGAGGCGGAGGCCUAUUCAUUGCAUUUCUGUUUUUCACCUUCCUAAUUUUAGCUGUUGUAUUGAGGGUUAAAGCAAGCCCUGAUAACCCGGAUCCAGAUCCGGAUGUUCUCAGUGGUUCCGAAGGUCCAUCUACCAAUUCUCAAUUUGUAACGACGCCUAGACAUGAUACUGCAAUAGUGGCUGCUCCAGAUGGUAUGGUAUAUUUUGUUGAGAUUGGUUCCGGACAAAUCCUUUGGUCAUUUUCAUCCGGGCCAUCUAUUUAUUCCUCUUAUCAGGCACUCCCCAGUAGUGAAGGUGAAAAAUUUGUUUCCUCUGCUGAUGGUGAUAAUUUCUACAUAGAUUGUGGAGAUGACUGGAAACUUUACUUACACACGAAAGGCAUCAAUAAAGUGCAGCUCAAUCUGAGUGCUGAAGAAUUUGUGAGGCGCACUCCAUUUGUAUCAGCUGGUGGUGGUGUCAUGUUAGGAUCAAAGAUAACUGCUGUAUUUCUUGUUGAUAGCAAAUCUGGAAAAGUAGUUCGUACAUUUAAAUCCGAGAAUUUUCCCUCGGUUGGAGAGCAGGGUGCUGAUGAAUCUUCUAUUCUAGCUAGAAAGGAUAUUGAAGAAUUGGUAGGAUCUGGCCCCACUGACUUGGAGGAUGUUGAGAAGCUACUCUAUGUUACAAGGACAGACUAUAAUCUGAAGUAUACCUCCAAGGAGACCGGGGAAGUUCUUUGGUCUCUAAAGUUUGCUGAUAUUGAAGCUUCAUUCCAAUGUGAAGGAAUUGAGAAUUUACUGGGUGGACUUUUACCUGAGGCUGACAAGUUUGGUCCAGGAUAUAAGCUUCAUACAAAGUUGACAGUGCAUUGCCAGACGAGGCCUGUGGUCUAUCGCAUCCGUGAUCGUAGCUCACUGGAAUCCCUUUUUGUGGUUGACAAGUUACCAGAUGCUCUUCCAGGAGGCAAAGUUCUUUCUUUACCUUCUGCUGAUCAUGAUCCUAUGUUAGAGCCAGCGGAUAAGUUUUUAGGUGUUCAUCAUGGUAAUGAGAAACAACUAUUGCUGGCUUUGCCCAAACCUAACCCUGAAAAAUUUAUUAUCAGGGGUCUGCCUGGAGGUGGUGGUCAUCAUAUGAAUCACAGUAUAGACUCUCAUAAUUUAGAACGAUAUCAUCUCUGGCCUUCCUUUCUAUAUGCUGCGUUGGUGCCACUAAUCAUGGCUUUCUUUUUCUAUGUAAGAUGUGCAGUGGUUAGGGGACAAGGUAAAUUGUACCAGCAGCCUGAAGGCAAUAAGUUUCAGGUCAUAAAAACCAAAAAGAAGAAAAGUCGCAGAAGUGCUACCAUUAAAAAUAGCUCUGUUGUUGAGAACAAGACUAACCAUAUUUCAGACCAUCAGAGCGUACUGGCCAGAAAUGAUCUCCAAAACAUUGAAAUAACUAAAGGAAAUUUACUGAAUUAUUCAAGUAACUACAAGAGUCUUGUAAAUGGACGUCAGAUUGGGAAGUUGUUGGUUUCCGAUAAGGAAAUUGCCAAGGGAAGCAAUGGAACUAUUGUACUUGAAGGAAUUUAUGAUGGCCGUUUAGUGGCUGUUAAACGCCUUGUUCAGACUCAUCAUGAUGUGGCUUUAAAAGAGAUUCAGAAUCUUAUUGCAUCAGAUCAUCAUCCAAACAUUGUCCGAUGGUAUGGAGUGGAAUAUGAUCAGGAUUUUGUCUACCUUGCUCUGGAACGGUGUACAUGUAGUUUACAUGAUUUGAUAUUGUAUUACACCUCUACUUCUCAGAAUCAGAUACCUAUAGGAGACCAAGAUAAUGAAUCUCUUAGUGAUUGCCGGUUGCUGUCAGUUCUUGGAAAUGACAAGGAUCUUGAACUGUGGAAGGCUAAUGGCUAUCCAUCUACUUGCUUGUUACAAUUAAUGAGGGAUAUUGUUUGCGGACUAGCACAUUUGCAUGAACUUGGAAUUAUACAUCGAGAUCUAAAGCCUCAGAAUGUCCUUGUAAUCAAAGAGAGAGCAAUAUGCGCGAAGCUUUCUGAUAUGGGUAUCAGCAAGCGCUUAGCUGGGGACACGUCUUUAACCAAAAGUGCUACGGGUUAUGGGAGUUCAGGUUGGCAAGCACCAGAGCAAUUGCGCCGUGAACGUCAAAAGCGUGCUGUAGAUUUAUUCAGUUUAGGUUGUAUUCUUUUUUUCUGCAUAACUGGGGGCAAACACCCAUUUGGGGAAAAUUUUGUGCGUGAUAUAAAUAUAAUCAAUAAUCAGAAAGACCUUUUCUUGAUAGAGCAUAUACCAGAAGCAACAGAUCUAAUCUCCAGACUCCUAGAUCCAAACCCAGAUUUGAGGCCAAAGUCAGUGGAGGUAAUGCAGCAUCCUUUGUUUUGGAACUCUGAGAUGCGGCUCUCAUUUCUUCGAGAUGCUAGUGAUCGGGUUGAAUUAGAGGACAGGGAUAGUGAUUCUGAACUCUUGAAGGCACUCGAAAGUAUCGGAAAAGUUGCUUUUGGGGGUGGUAAAUGGGAUGAAAAGAUGGACAUCAUCUUUAUUAAUGACAUUGGCCGUUACAGGCGUUAUAAAUUUGAUAGCGUACGCGACUUGUUGCGUGUCAUAAGAAACAAGUUGAACCACUUCAGGGAACUUUCAAAAGAAAUUCAGGGAUUAAUAGGACCGGUUCCUGAAGGAUUUGAUUACUAUUUCUCAAGUCGAUUCCCAAAACUUCUUACAGAGGUCUACACAGUGAUUAGCAGAUCUUGUGCAGAGGAAGAAACCUUUCACAAAUACUUCAGAAGUAAAUAGCCUCUGUUUGUCCUCCUUGUUAAUAUUAUCUUGUAAAUGUGUACCACAAAAUCUAUUUUUUUGUAUACUCACUUGUAAAUUAUUCUUGGAAAGUCUGUCUACAUUAAUGAAUUUUAUGGUACCCCCACCCACCCAAAACUGUCACAGGCUCCUGCACAAAUAAUCUUAUAGAUAAAGGUAAUGAUAUUCUAAUUAUUAUUU